AUGGCGCCCAGUGAUUACAUUUCCGCGGGCUCUGGCAAACUCAAGCUCAAAGGCGUCAAGGAUUCCAAGGUCGACAAGAAGAAGAAAUCAAAGAAAUCCUCCUCCUCCAAGGCUGGGUCUGGGCAAAAUGAACAACCCUCUAAUACACCAGAUCCGACGGCGGAGGGUGGUGACCGGGCUGGGGCUGAGGACCAGUUCAAGGACCGGUCGGUCAUGUUGAGGAAAUUGGAGGAGGAAGAUCAAAUGAUUUCAAAUGAGGCAAGGGAGAGUGGUGUGCGGAAGCGGAAAAAGGCCGAUUCGCCUGGAAGUAAUGGCGAUGACGAUGCUGCAGCAAGACCCAACGAGGAAGAACAAGGUGGAAUCGUCAAGACAGAAGCGGAGAGGCGGUACGAGGAGCAAAGACGGAGAAGGCUUGAAGAACGCUUAAAACGAGAAGGUGUCAAGACGCACAAGGAGCGCGUUGAGGAGUUGAAUCGCUACCUGAGCAGUCUGAGCGAGCAUCAUGACAUGCCGAGAAUAGGACCGGGCUAA